AUGGACCAAUGUGGUCUAUUUUCAUCUGUUUUCCAACAGCUGAUUUAGUAAAGUUGGUUUCGUUAGCAAAUACCAAAUAGUAAAUAAUGUAAGAUUCGUUCAUUUGUAAGACAUGUGAUUUAGAUAUUCAACUCAAAUUAGCAGCCUUAUCUUUGUUUCAUUACAAUUUACUUUUCAAUUCAAUUUAAAUUUAAGUGCCUAUCUUUAAAAACAAAUAAUUGGCUUUUUUAUUUUAGGUUAGGUAAUAGUAUUUACUGGAAUACCUUUAACUACCUAUUCAAAUUUCAUCAUUUUUGUUUAGUCGUGUAUAUUGCACGAGCUUUUUUGCGGAGAAACCAGGCUUCAAUUGACCCGAUUGCCCUUUUUCCAAGAACCCGUCGUCUGGACAAUCGAAACUAUGAUGAAGUGUCCGAAGUAUCCGAAGUGUCCUAUGAAAUUUUAGAUCUAUUCAGCUUUACGUCGUCCUCAAAACAAAUACGCUCCAGUAUUACGGUAGCUGAAACAUCAGCAAUUAGACCUACUACUUACAAAACUUCGUACUUUUUAUAAUCAAUUUUGGUGAUGAUUUUUUUUUUUUUCUUUUAGCUAAAUGGAAAAAUAUCACUUUAAGUGUUUUAAUCAGCUUAACUAUCUUUCGUCAUUAAUUUUUUUUUCUAUAGGCUACUGUCUAUGUUAGGCGGUCUAGGGGGAAAAAAAUAUCCCGAGGACGCAAACAGUUUUAUAAAAUGGGGCACCUUCUCCAUGGAGCCAUCCUCGUACCAGAGUUCUUGCUAGAUCUAAAAACAAAACACCUGGAGAAAUUUCACCAUCCCAAGCUACCUGCAAAAAUGUAUGGACUCAAACUAGCUUGUCAUUUCCUCCUGUCCUACCACUAGAAGUUGAAGAAAUACUCAAUCAGUACAUGAAUGAUCCCGAGGACCAUGCUGCUGCUCAGUCAUCAACCUCAUCUAACAGUGAAUGCGAAGAUUCCAGCCUUAACGCUUCAAGCCUUAGGCGAAAGCUCUUUUCUCAGAUGAAUACCACACCACAAGCUGAAGAUGCAGUAACAUAUGCAAGGAGUCGCGAGCAGUCUUCGAGCCCGAUUUUAACUACUGGUCCUCAUAGUUCACGCUUUUCUUUCAGUCCUUCCUCCCAUCCGGUUUCACCACCUAUUCUAUCACCUAUAAGUUCGCAUCUCGAAGAAAGUGCUGCUAUGGAUGAAGCGACAAGCCAGAACUGGGGAACCAUUGAUUCACGGCCAUCUAGUUUUCCUGACAGAACAGUUCUAAUGGAAACGUAUGAAGCUGAUGAUAAAGCUUAAUGAUGCUGAUGGCAAAGCUGCACCAGUAAUCCUAUAAAGCCGCGUAUAUUUAUCGUCUAGCUGACAGUUAUCGUCUAGUUAUUGUCUAGAUGACUUUACUAAUUAAGAGCGAACUAUGGUCGCCUAGCAAACAGUUCAGACGAAAGUUCGCAUAUUAUGAAAAAUGGCAUCCUUAGCACAGCCGCCCUCAGGUGUUCACGAAACGACGAUUGUCAGCUAUUUUGACCGACCAACCCAGCCCAUUCCGACUCCCAACUUCAUACUCUUUUAUACCUGUAGGCUACAAGACCGCCCAUUUCUACCGAUGGUCCCUUUAUCAGCUUUCCCUUCGUCACAGCCAGUUUUAUCCCCCCCCUCUCGUUUAACCUGUUGUGUAGUUUCGGAUUUCCGCUCUCUGUGUACUACCUGCUUCGGGUUUUCGAGCGAUAACAAUUGCGCUCUGCAUACGUAAAAAGUUCAAUAUCGUAAAGUGGUUUCCAGUUACCACAUAGAAAUAUUUCACCAAGAUUAUUUAGAAAUUCACAGAUAUUAAACAUGACUUUUUCAUGAAAAACUAAACCGUUAACCUUCUUUAACCGUAAUUAUUAGUCUAUUCUUUCGUACGGAACACCGCUAAAAUUGCAAUGUUUUGAAAGAUAGAGAUAGCGGUCACGAAGCCUAUGAUCUCAUGUAAUGCUCAAGGCAACAUCCUCCUUAAUUAUCAUAUAGCUUAUCUGCAGUGAUGUAAGCAACAACGUAUCUGAUUAUGUCGAUCUGACACAUCACAUUGGCAAGACGCAUGCUUGUCUGCCUACAGUAUUUUGAAUUAAGCUUUUGAUUUUAAAAUUUUCGCAAUUACUAUCGACAAUAUGCGCCUAACUCGAUGACACCCGGACGCUUGUCUCGGUGAAAGGAAUGUGGACCCUAAAAAAUUGGUUUUUCUAAAAACUAUUUCAUUUUAGUUGCAUUUUUCUAGGCCUCCUAGAUAUUUUGCAAAUGCCUCUUGUCCACAAAUCGCGAAGAUUUUCACCGUUAACGGACCCCGGGUCGACUGCACUGAGGAAUGGUUUUACCGUUUAAUCAUUUAUUGAUUCGAGUUACGAACGGAUUGUUUUAAUGCAAGCCGCUCAGUUCAAUGUACCAAUAAAUUGUGUGCCUAUGCUAAA